CUUCAUUGUAAAAUUGCUGUCUUUAUAACGAGCUAAAACAACCAACAGACCAACCGAAGCAGCAGUUCUAGUACCACUACUAGUACCGGCCGCAGAGAAUAACUAUACAUGAUGGAGUCCAGUUCCGUUCCUCCCGGAUUCCGGUUUCAUCCGACGGACGAGGAGCUCGUCGGCUAUUAUCUGAGGAAGAAAGUCGCUUCUCAGAAGAUCGAUCUUGAUGUCAUCAGAGACAUUGAUCUCUACAGAAUCGAGCCAUGGGAUCUCCAAGAGAGAUGUCGGAUCGGAUAUGAAGAGCAGAAUGAAUGGUACUUCUUCAGCCACAAGGACAAGAAGUAUCCGACCGGGACGAGGACAAACCGGGCGACAAUGGCCGGGUUCUGGAAGGCCACGGGGAGGGACAAGGCGGUGUAUGAUAAGAGCAGGCUUAUUGGAAUGAGAAAAACCCUUGUCUUCUACAAAGGGAGGGCUCCUAAUGGACAGAAGAGUGACUGGAUCAUGCAUGAAUAUAGACUUGAAUCCGACGAGAAUGGUCCUCCACAGGAAGAAGGAUGGGUGGUAUGCAGAGCCUUCAAGAAGCGAAUGGCGAACAGCCAAAACAAGACCAUUGAAGGAUGGGAAUCGAACUACUUUUACGACGAACCAAGCGGAGUGAGCUCCGUGGUCGAUCCAAUCGAUCAUUACAUGUCAAGGCAGCCACAGAACUUCUUAGGCAGCAGCCAAAAUUUCAUGUGCAAGCAAGAGUUAGAAGGCGAUAACUUGAGUAGUACUUUGAUGACUAUGCAGCAAAGCAGUACUACUAGUACUACUGAUCCAUUUGUUCAGCUUCCUCAGCUGGAAAGCCCUUCUCUUUCCUUGAUAAAAAGGCCAGCUAGCUCGGUGUCGCUUAUAUCGGAGAUUAACGAAUUAGAUCAAGAACACGAUCAGAUCAUCAACAAAUUAGGGUGCAGCAGCAGCAACAACAACAACAACAAUAUUAAUAGUGCGGCAAAAAAAGUGACUGAUUGGAGGGAUUUGGAUAAGUUUGUCGCUUCGCAGUUGAGUCAUGAUCAAGAUGAUCAUCACGGCCGGUUUGUGGAAGGUCAUCAUGAUCACGAUGGAGAUUCUGGCUUUGGGGUGAACCAGGAUUUGGAUACGACGUCGUUUAUGUUCUUGCAAAGUAGUACUAGAGAUAAUAAGUUGAGUGCGUUCUUGAACUCAUCAAGCUCGGACGACUGUGGUUUCGGAAUAUGCAUAUUUGAGAAGUGAAUACAAAGUGAGAGAAAUUAAGGGAAAAGAGAAAUAGAGGCGAGAUAUUAAUACUAUAAAUCGACCGAUAUUCAUAUUGAGA